UCUCUCUCUCUCUCUCUCUCUCUCUCUCUCUCUCUCUUCUCAGUCUGAUACAGCACUGUCUAGUCUGUACAUGCAGCAUCCUUUAUCUCCAGCCCUUUAAAAUGACCUGCUUUUUUCCCUCUGGUUUCUACCCGUUAACCCUCUCAUACAGAAACAAUUAUACAUAUCAUAUCCAACCUGCUUCUUUUUCUUAUACAUUUACCUACAUUCUCUUCUUUCUGCUCUCCCAUUUUUACAGUAUUUCUUCUCUCCCCUAACCUCUCACGGUUUGCUGUGAAUCCUACUUUUUCUGCUUUCUCACUCCCUUGAUUGCUUCUCGCUUCAUCCAUUCUUUGCCUCUGUCUAUCACACUCUGGCUGUCUCCUCUCCUCGCUGUAUCUAUCCUCCUCCUUUUACUGCUGCCCUCCCUUAUUGAGAUCCCACUCUCUUUCUCUCGCUUGCUGUGUGGGUGCCUAUCUGUUGGAGUAAGACAGCUGGGGAGAUCUGGAAAGAUUUCUGUCUGGGUGCCUGUCUCUGGCGCCGCGAGGGACGCAGAUCUGCUGGUGACACCAUACAAGGGGGAGCGUCGGUGACAGGAAGAGCAAGGAAAGUGACAGGGACACCGGUUGCUAAGCGAAUGAACAGACCCUUAAUGCCACAAAGAUGAGAGGCAGUGACCGAUGACACAGAAACACUGCUAAACUGCAUUGUGGUGGCAGCUGGAGUCGGACAGAAACAGAGACGGAUUCAUCUCUUGAAAUCUUCAUCCCAGGGGCACAGAGGCGGCUGGCACAUACACACAUAAUCACUCUGCUCUGCCCCCCCCCCCUCGCUCAUUCCUUCCAUCCUCGGUUACCCUGAUUUGAUUGCGGAAGAGUUGAAAAUACAAAUGAGCAGCUGUUGGCUGUAAACGAGGUGCAACUUGCUGACCACAUCUUAUCAUUUGUGUGACCUUUCUCCUAAUAUCCCGUGCCACAGAACAUGAUGUGUAGAAUUCUGUGCAGGACUGUGACACACGGGCUUCGCUAAGUUGACCCCUUAAAAUUACUGAGUCCCGACAAUCUCUUUCUUCGCCCCUCCAUCCCUGUUGACAGCACGAUGUUAUGCUGGUGGCUAUUAGUGAAAAUAGUCUUUUGUUUCUGGUACUUCCCACCAGGGGCACAAACUGAUUGCUGGCUGAUUGAGGGUGACAAGGGUUAUGUCUGGCUGGCCAUCUGCAGUCAAAAUCAACCCCCCUACGAGACCAUCCCUCAACAUAUCAACAGCACUGUUCACGAUCUACGGCUUAAUGAAAAUAAAUUAAAGAUAAUUGGUUAUGCUUCUCUGUCACGCUUUGGAAACUUAACAGACUUAAAUCUGACUAAGAAUGAGAUUUCUUACAUUGAAGAAGGAGCCUUCCUUGGCCAGUCUAAUCUACUCAUUCUUCAGCUGGGCUAUAAUAAGUUGACAAACCUGUCAGAAGGAAUGCUCAGAGGGAUGCCAAGGCUUCAGUUCCUCUUUGUGCAGCACAACCUAAUUGAGGUAGUGACACCAAAUGCAUUUACUGAGUGUCUGAGUCUUAUAAGCAUUGAUUUGUCCUCGAACAGACUGACAAAACUAGAUAGUUCCACCUUUGUUGGUCUCCAGGCAUUAAUGGUGUGUGAGUUGGCAGGGAAUCCCUUCCACUGUGGCUGUGAACUUUAUGGCUUUCUUGACUGGUUAGUCAUGUUCAAUAAUGUCACGCGCAACUAUGACCGCCUUCAGUGUGAAAGUCCACGAGAGUUUGCUGGAUAUCCACUGCUCAGUCCAAGGCCACACCACAGUCGAAAUGCUAUUACAGUACUUCAGGCUCGCUGUAGGAAUGGUGGUUACCUCUCUAUACCAAGAGAAAGGCCAACCCCACUCAUUCCAGAUUCCAUACGUGAUCCUGAUGAGAACUCUGGCUUCAGCCCUGGGGACUUCUUUUCAUCAGAACCCACAAUGCCCUCUACCACCAACUCUUCUGCAAGUCCCUCCAUUGAUAUUCACCAUGUAACAGGAAACUCUGCCACUCUAAUUGUCACUAUUCCAAAUCCUUACAAUAGGAUGUACAUACUGGUGCAGUAUAAUAAUAGUUUUAUAUAUGAUGUAACCACUUUGAAGCACAAGAAGGAAUAUAUUACCUUAGACAAACUAAAGCCUCAUGCAAACUACACUUUUUGUGUAGCUUCUAUUCGCAACACAAAACGUUAUAAUCACACAUGCCUUUUCCUAGCCACACGUACCAGGGAUAAGGAAGAGUUCACUCCUAACACUUCUACAACAACUCAUUAUAUCAUGACUAUAUUGGGCUGUCUAUUUGGCAUGGUCAUAAUAUUAGGAGUGGUAUAUUAUUGCCUUAGGAAGAAGAGAAUGCAAGAGGAGAAAAAUAAAUCUCUUAAUGUUAAGAAAACCAUCCUUGAGAUGCGUUAUGGCUCAGAUAUUGAUCCUUGUCUAGCAUCUCAUUCCUCACAAAAGUUAUCAGAACACCCCAUACCCAUAUCUCGUAUAUCUUCAUUGCCAACUUCAGUAGCUGGACUUGGUAGUGGAGGGGAAAAAGGCAUGAGUUCCAAACAAAUGAAUUCUCAGAUGGGCACACCAAAAGGUCCAAAGGGCACAAACUACAUGGAAGUACGCAGUGGGGAAGGACAUGAUAGAAACCAGAGGGGGAUGUCAGGAGCAGAUGAAGAUGAAGAGGACUUUCGGGAACUGGACAAUGGUGAAGGUUCAGCAGCUGAAAUAUCCACUAUUGCUAAAGAGGUGGACAAAGUAAAUCAGAUCAUUAAUAACUGUAUUGAUGCCCUUAAGCUAGACACUGCUUCUUUUUUAGGAGGGGGGGACCCAGAGCUGGGCUACGACUGCCAGUCAAUUCCAGCCAGCUCCUUGGGUCACCUGGAAAGGUUGAGCUUCCUCUCUCCUCCAUACAAGGAUGGUGUGCACCCUCUUCAGCGUCAGCUGAGUGCCGAUGCUGCCACAGUAGCCAAGAAACGAUGCAGCAUUUCGUCUAGUGGUUCUAUCAAGAGUGCGCGUGUCUUCAGUCUCGAUGUACCUGAUCAGCCUCUAAAAUGUGACUCCAAAUACAUUGAAAAGAGCAGCCCCCUCAACAGUCCCCUGGACCGCCAUCCUCUAGUUUCCUCUGCUGGAGUUCAUCAUUUAGAUGUCAAACCUUCAUACCACUGUAGUGAACAUCGUCACUCCUUUCCUGCUCUCUAUUAUGAGGAAAGUGCAGAUACACUGAGCCAGAGAGUCAGUUUCCUAAAACCACUUUCCCGCUCCAAGAGAGACUCAAGCUACUCUCAACUCUCCCCAAGACAACAUUUUUCUGGGUAUUCCUCCAGUCCAGAGUACUCCACUGAAAAUACCCACAAGAUCUGGGAGCGUUUCCGCCCCUAUAAAAAACACACCCGGGAAGAGGUCUACAUAGCUGCUGGACAUGCUCUACGCAAAAAGGUCCAGUUUGCCAAGGGGGAGGACUUGCAUGAUAUCUUGGAUUAUUGGAAGGGGGUGUCUGCACAACAAAAACUGUGAUUGACAGGGUGCAAAGGGCCAACCAGGGCUGUGGACAGGUUCCUGUUGAGAAUUGUGGCGCUGGAGCACCUCGGUUUGCAAUUAAAGUUUACAUUUGAGGUGGGGAGGGGUGGAAUCUCAUAAUGGAGGGGAGAAGAAUUAUUGUGAGCCUGGACAAAGUUUUUUCUGGCACAGACCUCCCCUCUUUACAACCCCCCUCCUCUCCACACUCUGUACCGGUGGCUUUUCUCCAUUUAUAUAUUUUGAUUUAAGAUUUUUGUUUUUUAUUUUACAAAAAAUAUUUUAUAUGCUCUAUGUCGCAAGCUGAGUUCAUGCAGCAGUAAGGCAUUUAAAAGGUAUAUUUUCACAACUAGACGUUCUGUCUAACUUGUCUAUACUGUGUAAUAUAUGAAAGGUCUAGAUUAGAUUGUAGGUUAGAUAUAAAGAAGCAUAUAUAUAGAGAGAUGAAACAAAAAUUCCUACUUCUUGUGCACUAGUGCACAGAGUGCUGUGAUUUACUAAAGUGAGAAUUGACAGUGAAUUCAAAGUUGAAAAGAACUGAGUAAAUGUAGCUGUCAAAGAGAGGUUUCCAAUUUGCUAUUAUGGCCUUAAACUUGAAAUUCACUUUGAAUUUAAUUUGAAUUCUCGUUAUAGUAAAUAACCCUGAAUGUGUUUUGAAUCACUCCACAGUCAAGGAGUUACAUGAAAUAUAUCCUUAAUAUUUAAAAAUAGAUUAAAAAAUAUUAGGAAAGGCCGUUUUGGUUUGCCUAUAGAAACAAGCACAAAUAUCAA